UUGAUUCAAUUGGUCUGUGGAUUGGUCAACCUGAUUAAGUGCCAACUGUGCCAACUCAAAUAUUUGUCAACGUCAUAAUAAUUUGACAUAACCUCAAAGACUCAAAGAUAAACAAUGUAAAAUACAUAUCUAUUAAUUGAGAUAAAUAAAUAUAUUUUAGUUUUCAAAUGGAAGAAAAGCGAGACAUUAUUUAUCAAAUAGAUAAAGAUGACUUUUAUGGAUAUUUCUUAAACCCUGACUCCAAAAACAUUUUAAAUGAAUCGUUAACUAUUAAAGAUCAAGUUAAAAAGCUGGCAGAAGGAAUAGAACUGAUAAAUCAAGAACUACACAAACAAGUUUUAGAAAAACAUGAAGAUUUGUUGCAGCAAGCUAACAAUGCAACACAAUUGGAGACAGUUUUAAAUACGAUGAAUAUCCAUGUUAAAACUUUGUUUGCAGAUGCAGAAAGGCUAAAAGCACAGAUUACAAUACCUUAUAAUGAAUUAGAAAAACAUACUAAAGUCUUGGGUCGUUUACAUUUAGCCAGUCAUAUUUUAAGACAGGUAAAUAGACUGCAGCAACUUAGUAAAAGGCUAUCAAAUACUAAUGACCCUGUACAAAAAGCAACUUUAUUACAGGAACUAGAACAGCUAGCUGCAGAUCCAGAAUUGAAAGAAAUAGAGAUAGUAACUAAUGAAUUAAGAAAUAUUAGAACUCAUCAACAAAAAGUUGUACAGUUAGCUACAGGAUCUUUAAAUCAAGGUGUUAGGAAUGAAAAUGUUACACAAACAACUACAGCUUUGCAGAUAUUUAUUAAUCUGGGUACAAUCCAAUCAAUAGCUAACAAUUUUGUUGAAAAUAAUUUACAUGAAUGCAAAGAGAGUCUGAAAUUGGCUUUUGUCGUAAGUUCUGGUACUACAAACAAACCUAAAGGUGGUCCAGGACAUGUCAGUCUUAUGUCUUCACAAGGAUUCAGAAAUAAAGUUUGGUCUGAAGUAGAGAAAGUGUUUUCAGAGGAUAUCUAUUCAAUAUGUAAACAGAUAAAAUUUCUACAAACAACAUUGAAUAAUCUCUAUUUGCCUAAUGGAGACUUUAAUAUUGCUCAUACAUUUUGGGUUGGUUUUGCAAAAGUAUUUCAAGAAGAAAUUCAAAAAUCCUCUUCUGCUGUGCAACAAACUCUUGAAGAAGACUAUCCAAAAUUGUUAAAAUCUUACUUUGAAAUGACUACUAAGUUGAAAUAUGAUAUUUUUUCCUUUGACCAUGAUGUUUUGAAAAAGCUAGAAAAUUCAUAUUUGUCAUCGUCUCUAACUAAAUUGUUGGAUCCAACUCAAGCAAUGUUUACUGGAGAAAAUGCUCUACCAACUCCAGACCAAAUAGACUCUUUGAUUCGUAUUACAACAAAUGAAUUAAGUGUGGCACUAAUAGAAGAAAAUUUAAGUGAGCAGAUCUCAAAAAAUGUUGCUAAGUCUAUUAAAAUGUUUGCUGUAAAAACAGAGCAACAGUUAGAAACAGGACCUGAGGCAGCACAAGUUAUAGGUGGUACACCAAAUACAGGCCAACAAAGAAAUGUAAACCUAGCCAAUUCUUUGUACUAUAUGGAGACACAAAUGCAAAGAAUGUUAUCAAAUAUGAAAGAAAGUUUAACAGAAUCCUGUGCAAAAAUUAUAAAUGAAAGUUUGCAAAAUCUUAAUAAUUUAGUUGGAGCCAUUAUGCAGCCAUUAAUAGUAUCCAUUAAUUCCGUUAUAGAAACUAUAAUAAUUACCUUACAUUUGGAGUCUGAUUGGGCGAAAACGCAAGCUCCUGUUAAAAUGUAUCAUUCUUGCUCCCCUUAUAUGAAAGAAUUAAGUCAGUUUAUAUCCAGAGUUUAUCAAACUUACCUUGAGGAUUUUAAGAAUAAAGAAGUAUUAUCAGUAAAAUGUAACGAGAUUGCAGUGAGAACCAUCGAACUAUUUGUUAGACAUACCUCACUGUUACGACCUUUGGCUCAAGGAGGACGCAUUCGUUUGCAAUCGGAUUUCCACCACUUGGAAAAUUCUUUAAAAACGAUCUGUCCCCACUUAGCUGACUUGGGCAGGCCGUAUCGUUUACUAAAAUCUGUCGCUUCAUUGAUAGUUCUCACGCCGCAAGAGAUAGUAUCAGGGCAAACUUCAGAAAGUUCAGUGUCUCACAGCACAGUACUGUUGAUGUUAUUCGCUUUUGCUGGACCGGAACUGGCAAGCCCACAUCAAAAUACCGGAUGGUCUCUUCCGAAAGUGUCGGCAUGGUUGGAUGAGCAUCAGAACGAGGCAGAGAGGUUGGAUUUAAUUGUUGGUGCUUUACAGAAAUAUGAAGGGAUCGUUAGACAAAAGAAUUCGGUCAAUUACGAUCCUGUGUAUCCCAUUAUGUCGCAGUAUUUAGAAACUGCUCUUAAACAAGUUAAUCAGUGAAGAUAAUUUAUUUAUUUAAGUAGGAUACAUAUAUUUUAAAUAAUGU